AUGAGGUUUGCUCUCGCUGCCGCAUCUGGGGCGGCCCUCGUCGGCGCAAUCGUCAUUCCGGGUCUCCCGGCCGACUUCAGCGUGAACCGGCAGAGUCGCCUCUCUGCGGGCCACCCCCACGAUGCCGACGAGUCCAAGCACGAUGCGCUCUGGGCCGGCCGACUGCCGUCCAAGGACGCACUUGUCUCGACGAUUGGAGAGACCGCCGACCGCCUGGCCAGUGCGUUUGACAGCGCCGUCGAUGCCGUCGAGGACGCCCGCCACGAGCUGUCUGACAAGCUCACGGACAUCCUGUCCGGCCACGACGACGACGACAAGCACAAGCACCACCACCUGACCAUCUACGAGCUCAUCCAGCACAGCGAGUACACGACCAAGUUUGCCAAGAUUGUAGACGAGCACCCCAGCAUCGUGAAGCUGCUGAAUAGCACCAAAGCCAAUCACACACUCUUUGUGCCGACCGACGCGGCCUUCAAGGAUGUGCCCCAUGACGAGAAGCCCGACAAGGAAACCGUCGAAAAAAUCCUGAGGUAUCACAUUGGCCUUGGAGAGUACUCUGCCAAGCGCAUCCUCACGACGCACACCCUCCCGACGACCCUCGACGAGUCGUGGCUGGGCGAUGAACCCCAGCGGCUGCGCACCAGUAUCGGCCUCCACGGCGUCAGCAUCAACUUCUACAGCAAGGUUGUCGCUGCCAACAUCGAGGCAAAGAACGGCAUCAUUCACGCUGUCAACCACAUCCUCAUCCCGCCCCCGAUGGCCGGCCGGAUCAUCACUCUCUUCCCCGGCCAGUUCUCGACACUGCUUCUCGCGUACGAAAAGACAGACUUUGUCAAGUUCAUCCACGGAGUCAAGAUGACGGGCAGCACCAUCUUCGCUCCCAGCAACGACGCCUUCCGGCGCCUCGGCCCCCGCGCGAACGCGUUCCUCUUCAACACGGAGAAGGGCAAGAAGUACCUCAAGGCGCUUCUCAAGUACCACAUCUCUCCCAACGCGACGCUCUACAGCGAUGCGUUCUACGACAAGACGGGCAAGGACGACAAGGCCGACGCUGCGGGCGGCAGGGAGCACUACGACCUCGGCACCCUCCUGGGUGAGGCGCGCAUCAGUGUCGACAUUGCGAGACUCGGGGGCUUCUCGGCCAUCCGCGUCAAUGGCUUCGCCCACGUCUCGGUGAGGGACGGGGUGGCCAAGAACGGCGUCAUCCAGGUCCUGGACAGGGUACUGAUCCCGCAGCACAAGCACAAGGGGCACGAUGACAUCCAUGACAUUGAGAUUGAGGAUCUUGUUCGCAGGCUUGAGCCGUACGUUUGA